AUGGGGACUGGCAGAGCAGCAGCCCUAGGCACCGGCAUUGGAGGCAUCUCAACCUCUGCCCAUUUCUACGACAAGCUGUCCCAAGAACUUAAUGAGGACAUGGAGCAGCUUCACCGGGCCUUUGGUGGCUGCUUGCCCCUCCAGCCGGGCCUGACAUCGGUGCCACUGUGUGGGGACCUCCACCUGUCCGGGUCCGGGCUCCGGGCCUGCGGAGGCGUCACUGGUGUGGGCGCUGAGCCCUCCUCGGUCUGCAUGCAGGCCUUCUUGUUCCUGGUGAGGCUGGUGGGCCUCCUGAGCCUGACUUCCAGGUUCCUGGUAACGUCCGCGUUGCAAGGCCUCCCAGAGAGCGUGGUCCAGGCUCUCCUGAGGCCCUCGAGCGUCAGUGAGCGGCUUGUGGGUCUGCAGGUGAGGGGCUCCAACUUCACACUGGGGAACACGCCUUUCCUCAUCCUGUCGGGCACCAUCCACUACUUCCGCGUGCCCCGGGACUACUGGAAGGACAGCCUCCUGAAGCUGAAGGCCUGUGGCUUCAACACCGUCACCACGCAUGUUCCUUGGAGCCUUCAUGAACCAAGAAGAGGCCACUUUCACUACAGGGGAGGCCUGGAUCUGCUCGCCUUCAUAUCCUUGGCGUCAGAGGUGGACCUGUGGGUCAUCCUGUGCGUCGGCCCCUACGUCGGGAGCGACCUGGACCUCGGAGGCUUGCCCAGCUGGUUACUCAAGGAUUCUCACAUGAAGCUGAGAACAACUCACAAGGGCUUCACAGCAGCAGUGAAUCGCUAUUUUGAUGACCUGAUUCCCAGGAUUAGAGGAUUCCAGUUCCAAGAAGAGGGCCCCAUUAUUGCCGUGCAGAUGGAGAAUGAGUACGGUUCCUAUAAUCUGGAUAAAAGAUACAUGCUGUACGUUAAAAACGCACUGCUGAGCAGAGGGAUCAAGACGAUGCUCAUGACGGCGGACACGGGCCAGGGACUCCUGAAGGGACACACACCUACCGUGCUCGCCACGCUCCACAUGAAGAGCAUAAGGCGGGAAACGUACGAACAGCUCUCCUCAGUUCAGGGCCCUGGCCCGGUCAUGAUGAUGGUGUACACCGCCAGGUCUCCGGACGGGUGGGGCUCUUCUCGAAACACCCUGGACCUGCACAUGCUGAUGGCGAGUGUCCGGGAAAUGCUGCAGCUCCGGUUCUCCCUCAACUUCUACAUGUUCCACGGCGGCACCAACUUCGGCUUCACGGGCGGGGCCGCGUUCCCCGGCCAUCGCCUCCCUAUGGUCACCAGCUACGACUACGGGGCGCUGCUGACAGAGGACGGAGACUGCACACCUGAGUAUCUUGCAUUUCGAGAGCUUUUUCGCCCCGCUGCAGAGAUUCCCAGCUUCCAGCAUCGAGACGGCAGACCUAAGGACACGUACGCUCCCCUGGCUGCAGGUCACUUCAUUUCCCUGUGGGACACCUUGAUUCACCAGGACGAGCCCGUGAGGUCCACGGGGCCACUCUCCAUGGAACAGCUGUCUGUGAACGAAGGGAGCGGCCAGUCCGCUGGGUAUAUACUUUAUGAGACCGUCAUCACCAGAGGAGGCGUCCUAAACUCAGAUGGCCAUGUGAAGGAUCGGGGCCAGGUGUUUUUGGAUGACAAGUAUAUAGGAGUCCUGGAUGACGCGCAUCAAAAGCUGACUCUUCCCAACGACCGUUACAAGGAGUUCCUGACGCUGCGGAUCCUGGUGGAGAACCAAGGCCGGCUUGCCUCCGGGACCAGCAUGAACCAGGAGAGGAAAGGUCUUACUGGGAACAUCUAUCUAAACGGUUCUCCACUGAGAAAAUUUAAAAUCUACAGCCUGGAGAUGCAGAAUAAAUUCAUACGGAGGAAACUUCCCAACAUCUGGAAGCCCAGCUUUCUCCACACUGAAGGCCCUGCAUUCUUCCUUGCCCACCUGAGAGUCGGCAGUCAACCCAAGGACACCUUCAUGAGCCUGCAGGGCUGGACAAAAGGAGUGGUCUUCAUCAACGGACAGAACCUGGGGCGCUACUGGAACCUCGGGCCCCAGGAAACGCUUUACGUCCCGGGACCCUGGCUCAAGCCCGGGUUAAAUGAGAUCGUCGUGUUUGAGGAGCUCAAGUCCACCCUGCUCAUCUGCUUCACCAACGCCUCCCAGCUGGGUAAGCGGCUUCCUCCCCGUAAGCGGCUCCGGCAGCUCGCAGCCUCCCGAGGCGUCUGCGCGCGCUUCCCGGUCCCGGUCACGCACUACCCGCCCCAGCACCAGCCCUGCCGGCCUCUCCGAGGUUCUCACGGCCGCGUCUGCUGUGUCUCCUGCUGCCGUGGCCCCUGGGCCCUUCCUGGGCGUCACCGGGCAGGGGGUGUGCGUUCCAGCCAGAACGCCCGAGCUGACCGCGCCCGCCUCGCGGCUUCGGUGGGAGUGGGGCCCGGACCCCAGUGCGGAGCGGCCUCCUCCUCGGGGCCUGAAAAGCUGCUGACCCCUGAGGACAGUGGUGAAGAGGUGCUCGGUGCACUCGACCCCGCAAGUGCCGAUCUGGAACAAGAGGUUGUCAGGCUGCUCGCUUGGCGUCUGCUCACCGGGUGCCAGGAGAACCCCACCCCUGGGGUGACAGCCGGCGUGGACACCGCCAUCGGCGUCAGCCCCACGGGUGGCUUGGUCACGGUCCCCAGCGUGCCCACAGCCCCGGGAGAGCCGACCCCUGGGUGGUCGCCUGCCGACGCUAAAGAGAUCGUGGAACUGGGCUGA